AUGAGUAGUAUGAUCAAAAACAAUAGUAACAAUAAUAAUAAUAAUAGUAUUUCGGGAAGAAAUCAACAAAAUUGUUCAAUAUUUAAUAAUAUUUUAGAAGUUCACACAAAAAUUCUUGACUUAAACAAUACUGACUGUUGGAAUGAUAUACCUAACUGCAUAAAUAAGUGUACGGAUGGGAUAUGUAGGAGUGAUUUGACACCAACAAAGAUAAUAACAACUGACUCAAAAAAUGAAAUUUUACCAUCAAAUGAAUUACAUAAUCAUCCAAAAAAAUACCAUCCUCAACAACUUGAGCUAACGACGACUCAUAAGGACAAUAAUAAUGGUAAUUACAGUAAUUCUUAUGAUAAUAAUAACUUAAAUCUAAAAUUACACCCAAUAGAAGAAGAAAAAGGUCUGGGUGGAAGCGAUGCCCAUUCCAGAAAAUCCAAUAGCGACAGUAGUAACACAGGACGAGAGAAAUUAUUGGAGUGGUUAAAGUUAAGUCAAGCUAAACGUGAUGAAAACAAUCGGCAAGUAUUUACAAGGUGGAUAGACAAAAUAGACAGUUUAAAUCAAUUGGAUUCACCACAGACUUUUAAUAAUAAUAAUAAUGUUAUUGAUUCAACUGUAUUUGGAAUAAAUGCUGGAACCAUUGAAAACUCUGAUAAUUGUAUGCAGCCAUCAUUAAUGCCAAAUUUAAUGGCAUCUUCCGCAUUUUUUGUUGAUAAUCGUUUAAAUGUACUUCAUACAAAUGACUCAGUAGUACCGGCCUCAGUCCUACCAAAAAUAAAUACAGUAUAUCAGUCAAUAUGUUCCUCAUCUGCGUCAUCUUCACCUAUCAGUACAUACUUGCCAACCAUUAUAAAUAGCGGAAAUAACCCUAUGCAUAAUUUGUCCUUGAUACCAAUGAUUAAACAAAAUCUUUUGACAACUUCCACAUCUCUUUCAAAUAUUGCUAAUAAUUAUUGUGAUAUUCAUCAGGGUAGCCAGCCACCACAUGAUUUAAGCGGAGUUAAUUUAAUGCUACAAUAUGACGAAGAAUUAAAGGCUUGUUAUUUAACAAAUAACUGUAAUAAUAUGAUUUAUAACACCCGAGAGAAAAUCGUCAACAGCUCAAAUGAAACAGUUGCAUCUAGUAUAAAUGAGUCAUGUGAUUUCACUAAUUUGAAGCAUAGUAAAAACAGGAAUAACGGGCAUAGUGAUGAUGUGCCGUUUCCUGGUACAUCUAUACAACAACAAAUAAAUACAUUUGAAACACCUUGUUUUGUUGUCAACUCUACAAAUCAUAGUAUUAACAGUAGUAAUGCGAAUCAGUUUAUUUCUACACAGUAUUAUCUACCUGUCCCAGCAUAUGCAAAUGAUAUUAUGGGGUCUAAUCUUUUGUAUUACUAUUAUAAUAAUUACCAAAACCAAUAUCCGCAUGUUAUUACAUGGACAAAAAUGCCAUCGAAUGCUACUACUGCUAAUACUACUACUACUCCUACUGCUAAUGUGUAUAAUAAUGGUGAUAAUAAUAAUACUAAUAAUAAUACAAGUAACAUUAAUAAUACAUCCCAGCAGAAUAAACAACUUGAACAAGUAUCCCUACAGUCACCACCAUUUCAUGCUAAUCCUACAAAUGACACUGGUAUUCAGAGUAUGAGUAGUAUUAAUAGCAGUAAUAAUACUCUAUUAUCACCAUUCAUUUACAUAAUACCAAGUAAUAUUAAUAGUCAUAGUAAUAGUAGUUAUAAUAAAUCUGUUGCACAUUUACUAACGCACUCAUAUUCUGUUCAUGAGAAUUCUGUUAACCUAUCAACAGUACAACAUUAUGCACCAGAAUUAGUGAAACUUGCACAAUGUCAAUCGAAAAUUGGGAUAAUUAAAAAUAAUAAUUCCAAUGAUCUAAAUACUUCAUCAGUAAGUAUAACAAUGACACCAGAUACAACAUGCUUGGACGAUUUCAAAGGAAAUCAAAUACCUUCAGAAGAAGUACAACAUUCACACAAUAUUUCAAAUGAUAUUAAUAAUACUCACAGUUGUAAUAUUAUCACAAGUAAUGAUAAUAAGAAUAAUAGUGACAGGAAUGUAUACAUUAAUACUGCCAAUAGUACGAUUGUCGAUAAUUCUAAGUUUACCAUCCACUUGAAUUCAACAUAG